AUGAGCGAGAAUGAUGAUUACAAUGACGAAGGUGACGGUGAUAAUUCUGAGAAUGACGAAUCCAUGCCGUGGGCUGCGUUUAAUGCCCAUUUUACGUACGUGAAAGAGGUGGAUGAGAAAAACUUUCUGGCCCGGUGCAAACUGUGUGAUAAGGAUAGGAGGUGUCCAGUAUCAUCGUCCAGCAAUCUAAAGUCCCAUUUGAAGCGGAACUUUCUCGAGUCCUGCUGUGACAUCCUAACCCUACUUUUUCUGUUGCAGCGUAAACAUCACUGGUCUGAGGAAAAACUUCAAGAACUUAGUGUUUGCUCAAAAAAGAAGUCUAAAAAGAACCCUCCCUCUUCCUCAAGCGCUGUCAGUACUGGAGGUGCAAGUGCAAGCAGUAGUGCCACUUCGUUUUUCGAACCACGUCAGACUAAAGCCGUAAAUCAGAAGAAUUUGAAUGAAUUAGUCGACAAGCUUGUUAUUUUUGAGAAUCUGCCACACAGAAUCGUGGAUUCACCCCAUUUCAAGGCUGCUGUGCUGUUUGGUGUACCGGCUGGACAAGAACUGAAGAUAAGCUGCCGGCAAACGCUCCGCAAACGCUUAAAUGGACAUUAUGAGAAAAUGGUAAAGAAUUUAAAAACUGCUCUCUCCGCGGUGAAGUAUGUGGCCACCACGGCUGAUGGAUGGUCAAAAUUUCGUCGCGGGUUCUUGGGCAUGACGGUGACCUGGCUAGACCCAUCAACCAUCACCCGAUCCCACGCCUCUUUGGCCCUCCGACGACUCAAAGGCAGACAUACCCAUGAUCGCCUGGCAGCCGCCAUGUCGGGGAUCCACGCGGAGUUCGACCUGGCUGUCCCAAAGUUGGCCAAGACCAUCACUGACAGUGCGUCCAACUUUCGAAAGGCAUUCAGGGUGUUUUCCGCCGCCCCUCAUGCAGGCCCAAAUGAAG